AUGACGUCGAAUUCAUCAUUGAAUUAUCCAGUUGAAUAUUAUUAUCCGGAAUUUCUUGAAAGUCGUUCAGAUGAUCCAUUAAAAUCUCCAUCAUCACGUUUACCAAUAACAACAUCUAUUGAUAAUGGUAUUGGUGCAUCAACACAAGUUCCAAUAAAUAUUCAACAUAAAAAUGAUACAUCAAUUAAAAGAAAACCUAUCAAUACAAACCAACCAUUAACUAAUAUAGCACAUAAUAUUGUUACAGAUCAAGGUUUACCUGAUGUUGAUAUAACACGAUCACUUAAAACUGAUCCUAAAAAAAAUCUUCUACGUGAUCCAGCUGCAAGAAAUAUUCCAAGAUUAAUUGUUGAUGAUAAUGUUAUUAAACAAACUGUUAUUCGACCACCUAAAAUAAUAUCAACAACUAAUCUUGAUGAUAAUUUACAACAAAUAACAAAAGUUAAUAAAAUCAAUCAUGUACAACAACCACUUCCAUAUACUUAUACUAAUGAAUAUUUAACAAAUCAAAUACAACCGUAUGAACUUAUGCAACAAUAUCCUGUAAGUUAUGUUGAAAAUCAACAAGUAAUUGAUGAACAUUGGAAAAAAGAAGUUUUAAUUGAUAAUGAAGGUGUUGUUACUAUUGAACCUAUAAAAUAUGAUAAAGAUACUUAUGAUGGUCCAUUUGGUUUGACACGUCAAGGUGCUCUUAUAUUCUAUCUUGGUAUGGCCAUAUUUACUAUACUAGCAGGUGUUUUCUUAAUUAUGACUGGUAUAUUUUAUUCUCAAAGUAAAUAG